CAGAGGACGAGUGGGCUCCGCACAUUUCGGGGGGCAGAAACGAGGCCAGAGCCCCGGAGAUGCUGCUCCCAGUAAAACGCCUCAGUUCUCCCGCACUCCCCUCUCUGGCGCUGCGACGGGACAGAGGAACGGGACGGGUCGGGACAGCUCUUCUGCUGCAAUCCCCCCGGAACAGCCGCACUGCCGUAAAACCUCUGCCCCCCGCCACUCCCGGGCGGGGACACGAAAGGCAGAAGCUGCGUUAAGGCCACGCCGCUUUUUUUGCGAGCAGUGGCGCAAAUGCACGCUCAUGCCUUUGGCAGCUGCCGGCCAGAAACUGCCGGGAAGUAGAAAAUCCACACGUACACACCCUUCCGAGCAAGGAGGAACGGCUAAACUAUCUCGUCCCCGCUCGCACCUCCUCUUACCCUAUAUUCCGGGACAGGUGGGGUGCCGCCCCUUCUCCACCUGGGCGGGGAAGGCUCUGCCGGUUUCUCCUCCCCUCUCCUCCUUGCUCCCUCCCCAUCCUCCUCCUCCUUGGCGUCCCCAGAGGGAGCCCCUGCGCUCCGCGACCGAGUGGAGAGCGCAGCCGGGCGCACCCCGUCCCACAGCCGGCUCCAGCCGCUCCGCAAGCCCUUGUGCACCCGCCGCCGCCUGCAGCAGGAGGAGCGGAGCUGGGAGGAGGAGGAGGAGGAAGGCAGCAGCCCGCCCGCAGCCCGCCCGCAGCGGGGCACGCACGUGUGCGCGCAGACCUCGACGGCCGCCCUCCAGCAUGCUGCUCGGAGCCGCGCAGGGCAGAGCGCCGGAGAGGAGCUGAUCGCUGCGGCGGGAGAAGAGCAGAGCAGAGCAGGAGCGACUCCCCGGCAUCCUCCGUGCGCUCGUCCCGUCCGACCCCCGAGGACUCCCCAGGCACUCCGGCGAGGGAGCGGCGGUCCCGCAGCAUGGGCGGCCGCAGCCCCCUCGCUGCCGCCGGGCCCCGCGGCGCCGCUGUCCUGGUGCUGCUGCUGGGGCGCCUCGCUCUCUGCCUCGCCGUGGAGGGAAAGAAAGUUUGUCAAGGGACAAAUAACAAGCUGACCCAGCUGGGACAUGUGGAAGACCAUUUCACCAGCCUGCAGAGGAUGUACAACAAUUGUGAGGUGGUACUCAGCAACCUGGAGAUUACAUAUGUGGAGCACAAUCGUGACCUCUCUUUCCUGAAGACAAUACAGGAGGUUGCAGGCUACGUGCUCAUCGCACUUAACAUGGUGGAUGUCAUUCCCCUUGAAAACCUCCAGAUCAUCCGAGGCAAUGUGCUGUAUGACAACUCUUACGCCCUGGCAGUUUUAUCCAACUACCACAUGAAUAAAACCCAGGGACUCCGACAGCUGCCAAUGAAGCGGCUUUCAGAAAUUCUCAAUGGAGGUGUUAAAAUCAGCAACAACCCCAAACUGUGCAACAUGGACACUGUUCUUUGGAAUGACAUCAUUGACACAAGCAAGAAGCCUCCCACAGUGCUUGAAUUUGCGAGCAACCUAUCUUCUUGUCCCAAAUGCCAUCAGAACUGCACAGAAGACCACUGCUGGGGCCCAGGCCAACAAAAUUGCCAGACAUUAACAAAAGUCAUCUGUGCUCAGCAGUGCUCUGGUCGAUGCAGAGGAAAGGUGCCCAGCGACUGCUGCCACAACCAGUGUGCUGCGGGGUGCACUGGCCCUCGGGAGAGUGACUGCCUGGCAUGCCGCAAGUUUCGGGAUGAUGCUACGUGCAAGGAUACAUGUCCCCCAUUGGUCCUGUAUAACCCCACCACUUACCAGAUGGAUGUGAACCCUGAAGGAAAAUACAGCUUUGGAGCCACUUGUGUGAAGGAAUGUCCACACAACUAUGUGGUGACAGACCAUGGCUCCUGCGUUCGCUCGUGCAAUGCUGAUACUUAUGAAGUGGAAGAAAAUGGUGUUCGGAAGUGUAAAAAGUGUGAUGGGCUAUGCAGCAAAGUGUGCAAUGGCAUCGGAAUAGGUGAGCUUAAAGGGAUCCUCUCCAUAAAUGCCACAAACAUCGACUCCUUCAAAAACUGUACCAAGAUCAAUGGGGACGUCAGCAUUCUCCCAGUUGCAUUUCUAGGUGAUGCCUUCACGAAGACCCUACCUUUGGAUCCCAAGAAGUUGGAUGUCUUCAAAACAGUCAAAGAAAUAUCAGGAUUUUUGUUGAUUCAAGCCUGGCCUGAGAAUGCUACUGAUCUCUAUGCUUUUGAAAAUCUGGAGAUUAUACGAGGCAGAACAAAGCAGCAUGGCCAGUAUUCCCUUGCCGUUGUUAACUUGAAAAUAAAGUCCCUAGGGCUGCGGUCCCUCAAGGAAAUAAGUGAUGGAGAUGUUGCCAUUAUGAGGAACAAGAACCUCUGCUAUGCUGACACCAUGGACUGGCACAGCCUGUUUGCAACUGAGAGCCAGAAAACGAAGAUUUUACAGAAUAGAGAUAAAAAUGAGUGUGCUGCUGCCAAGCAUGUUUGUGACCCGCUGUGCUCAGAUGUAGGCUGCUGGGGCCCAGGGCCCUUCCACUGCUUCUCCUGCAGGUUUUUUGAUCGUCAGAAAGAAUGUGUGAAACAGUGUAACAUCCUGCAAGGGGAGCCAAGAGAGUUUGAAAAGGAUUCCAAGUGCCUGCCCUGCCACCCUGAGUGCCUGGUGCAAAACUCCACCAUGUACAAUGCGACCUGCACUGGACCUGGCCCUGACAAUUGCAUGAAGUGUGCCCAUUUUAUAGAUGGCCCCCACUGUGUGAAAUCCUGCCCAGCAGGCGUUCUGGGUGAGAAUGACACCCUCGUCUGGAAAUAUGCCGAUGGGAAUAAUGUUUGCCAGCUCUGCCAUCCAAACUGCACCCGGGGGUGCAAAGGGCCAGGUCUUGAAGGCUGUCCAAAUGGCUCCAAGAUCCCAUCUAUCGCAGCCGGUGUUGUCGGAGGUCUCCUGUGCCUGGUGGUGGUGGGCCUGGGCAUCGGCCUGUACCUGCGGAGACGCCACAUCGUCAGAAAGCGGACCCUGCGCCGGCUGCUGCAGGAGAGGGAGCUUGUUGAACCACUGACACCCAGUGGGGAGGCACCAAACCAGGCUCAUCUGAGAAUUUUAAAGGAAACAGAAUUUAAAAAGGUCAAAGUUUUAGGCUCUGGAGCUUUUGGCACUGUUUAUAAGGGUCUUUGGAUCCCAGAAGGAGAGAAGGUUAAAAUUCCUGUUGCUAUUAAAGAGUUGAGAGAGGCUACAUCACCAAAAGCCAACAAGGAAAUACUUGAUGAAGCUUAUGUGAUGGCUAGUGUUGACAAUCCUCAUGUGUGUCGCUUGUUGGGAAUCUGCCUCACUUCAACUGUCCAGCUCAUCACACAGCUGAUGCCUUACGGCUGCCUCCUGGAUUACAUCCGAGAGCACAAGGACAACAUCGGCUCUCAGUACCUCCUCAACUGGUGUGUGCAGAUUGCAAAGGGAAUGAACUAUCUGGAGGAACGGCGCCUGGUGCACCGUGACCUUGCUGCCAGGAACGUCCUCGUUAAGACUCCUCAACAUGUGAAAAUCACGGACUUUGGGCUGGCAAAGCUGCUCGGUGCAGACGAGAAGGAGUAUCAUGCCGAGGGAGGCAAGGUUCCUAUUAAAUGGAUGGCAUUGGAGUCAAUUUUACACCGGAUUUACACUCAUCAAAGUGAUGUCUGGAGUUAUGGUGUGACAGUCUGGGAGCUGAUGACAUUUGGUUCCAAGCCGUAUGAAGGGAUCCCUGCCAGUGAGAUCUCCUCUGUCCUGGAGAAGGGCGAGCGUUUGCCGCAGCCCCCCAUCUGUACCAUCGAUGUGUACAUGAUCAUGGUCAAAUGCUGGAUGAUUGAUGCAGACAGCCGUCCCAAGUUUCGUGAGCUGAUAGCUGAAUUCUCAAAAAUGGCCCGUGACCCUCCACGCUAUCUUGUUAUACAGGGAGAUGAUAGGAUGCACCUGCCCAGCCCUACGGACUCCAAGUUUUAUCGCACCCUGAUGGAGGAGGAGGACAUGGAAGAUAUAGUGGAUGCAGAUGAGUACCUCGUGCCACACCAGGGCUUUUUCAACAGCCCUUCAACAUCUCGCACUCCUCUCUUGAGUUCAUUGAGUGCUACCAGCAACAACUCUACUACAACCUGCAUUGACAGGAAUGGGCAGGGGCACCCUGUGCGGGAAGACAGCUUUGUUCAGAGGUAUAGCUCAGACCCAACAGGUGCUUUCUUGGAGGACAGCAUAGAUGACAGCUUCCUACCAGCCCCAGAGUAUGUAAACCAAUUGGUGCCCAAGAAAGCAUCUGCCUCAGCAGUCCAGAAUCCAAUCUACAACAACUUCUCUCUCACAGCAAACUCAAAGGUCCCCACAGACUCCAGCUACCAGAAUUCACACAGCACAGCUGUGGACAACCCCGAGUAUCUCAACACCAACCAGUCUCCCCUGGCCAAGACAGUCUUUGAGAGCUCUCCCUACUGGAUCCAAGCGGGCAACCACCAAAUAAAUCUGGACAAUCCUGACUACCAGCAGGACUUCUUACCCAAGGAAACCAAACCUAAUGGUCUCUUAAAAGUUCCUGCAGCAGAAAACCCAGAGUACUUGAGGGUAGCGGCACCAAAAAGUGAAUACAUUGAGGCCUCAGCAUGACCAUAGAGAAUUUCUUCUUGCAGCAAGGCAAGCUGGAUAAGUGAACUGUUGGCUGCUGCAAGAGUGGACUCUGGCUCAGAGCAAAUGACAACCACAAUGCAUCAAAAAGUACCUCUGCUUUUCAGCGUGGGGCUUUGAAACUGCAAAGCCUGUCUGAUGGUAGUUUGGGUCUUUCCUUGCCCAUUUCCAUGUAAUAAUUGAGGUCCAUAGCCUGUGCUCGGAUGCACGUUGGGAUGGAGCAGGAUCUUCCUGGACUGAAGAAAUAUGGAUGCAUUACUUACAUUUUCAAAUGGUAGCAUGGUAAAAAGCCACUCUGGGAUGAACUUGAGAGCUGUACACAUUGUACAGUCAAAUUCCUUUCUACAUUCUGUAUUUUUAUAAAUGUUUCUAACAGAAUUUUUGGAUCUUUUACAAGAUCAGAUGCUUGUACUGCUCGUCUGCUAAGUGUUGCUCAGAUCACCAGCAGGAAAAAGAAUUAUGUUCCAAAUCUCCUGGAACUGAAACUGUUAUUCCAAACCACCAGAUUUUUACAAAUUGGCUCCAUAUACAGCCUUUUGGCCCAAAGGUGAGAAAUGCAUCUGAGGGACGUAUGGGCGAUUCUGCCUAGGGCAGUAUGGAGUGGAUUGGUCUGGGGAAAACUAGCACAAGGAGCAAAAUGGCACAAUGCAUCACCUGCUGACCACUACUGCUACAAACUGACAAGAGGAACACGCCUCCAAGUCACCUAUACAUGAUUAUAAAGUGCUCACUAGUCUGUUUUCUGAUGGUCAAACCCAAAACUAUUUUUGUUCUGAUCCCUUAUGCAGCUGUCAAGUUGUCAAAAUGCCUUUCUUCUUCAACAACACUGUUAAAGAUGUUGCUGUAACUGAAAAAUGAAGUGUCAGAUAAUGUUUAACAGACUUCAAUUAAAUGUCAAGGAAAUGCAAAUAGUGGCAAAUUGGAGCACUCAUGAGACAGACUGGAAGAACUAUACUAAAUUAAACUUGACUAAGGCAAGAAACACAGGUAGCUCUAGUCAAGCAGCCUCAUUUCCCUUUUUAAAGGGGCUCAAAGCAGAAAUAAUUUUCCCUACUAAAGGGGUAUCUAAGUAGCACACUUCAGUCACUUCAAGAGAGUAGUGCCAAAUGCUGUCCCACACUGGGGCAAAGGCUGGGGCUGGUUACAUGUCCCUUUGGGGUUGCUAUCCUGGCAAUGCAGGAGGAGCACUGAGAAUGAAUUAAGGAAAGAAAGAAUAAUCUGGUAUGAUGGAAAAUAUUAUCUCCCUCUUCUGAAGCACAGGGUUGCCUACUGCUUCUUUGAAAUACGCAGUGUCAUCUUCUGGUUAUUAGUGUGGUAUAGGCAGGCAAGGCAAGGCUAAGAUUUUGGCUUGUUGCUAUAAAUCAGUCACAGCAGCAAAAACAGCUACUCUUCCCAGUGACCCAUAAAACUAUUCCAUCACUAACAUUUCUUAUGAAUGUAGGAGGAGUAAAAUGCCUAAAGUGUGAACUUAUUCAGUCCUUUAAAUGCAUCCCGCCAGCAGCUUGGCAGUGCUAUUUUAAUCAAACCACUAGAUCAGAAAGCAACUUCUCGUUUGGGGACAAAGGCCCUUAACUAGUUGAAUGUUGGUAACUUGCUUGAAGGUAGCAUAAGCAGCUGACUUGGAGAGGAUCUGUAGCCUAUAUUAAGCAGCAAGAAACAGUCAAAUUUAUGCUGCUGCUGUAUUUUGAAUACAUCAUUAUGUAUUUCAGUUUAAGUAUUGCAUCUGAAGUCCGGGAUCAAGCAGCAAAUCCUUAGGGCAAAUCUGUUUUUUCAGAUUUACAGAGUAAAGGAGACCUUCAGUCAUGUGAAAUGAGCCCUUUUUUAAGUAACAUGCAUUAGCAGUUUGUAUGUGUACAGCUCACAGGUCCCACUACAGUACAGGGUGAAGUGGCAUGUUGGGUCAGAAUCCAGAGAUUGUUCUAUUUGGUAAGUUGUCUCACCAUGACCAAGUCCCAGACACAGCAGUGUGGAAGAUGCAAUGUUUGACUUGGAUUAUUGGUGGCUUAUAUUUAAAACAGUAACCAGAAUUCAGUUCCCACGUCCAAUUAGCAGCAGAUUUCUCCUUGCAUUCCUGGGAGCAGAUUUGUUGUGUUGCUCUCACAAGUGUGCAACAUGUGCGCACAGGCAGCGCUGCUCUUCCCCACCCACCACCCUGGCAAAAAUGUACAUAAAACUAAAAAAAGAUCUUAACAGAAUUCACAGAUAAUUUUUCAAUUUGCUGAAUCUGUUACGUCUCCAAGCAGAACACUAGAAAAUCACACAGUGCAUAUUCUCCCACAGAAUCUUUCAAACACUACUGCACAAAGGAAUUUACUGAUUUUAAUCUGUUAGCUAAAACAAGAAAGCCGCUGACAAAUAGCAAUGUGUAUCACCAGCAUUAUGUAGCAUGAAUAGAGGUUAACACUUGCCCUUUUAAAACAAUUCAGGAGGGAUUCAGUAGUAGUUCAUUGCUAGAAACAAGGAGAUUCAUCUAAAAAUUAAGCAAUCUAAGUUUCAAAGAACAUCUCUCUUGGAAUGUGAUGUUUUUGACGAAAAGAGUAGAAAAGAGGAUGUAGGACCACAAACUGUUGAUAGGAAUGUAGAUUCCAGAUUGGCGGUAUCAACUAUAUAUUGCGAAGUAUUUCUGGUAAAUAGGCAUCCUGUAAGCCAUGAUUUGUAAGUUGGCAGCUCAGUAAUGAUUCAAAAGCCAGCAAAAAAAAAACUAGGUGGUGCCUGCAGGGGCAGAUACAGUGGCUCUGGGA